AGGAGGAGAGUUGCAGAGAAGGAAGGACAUUAAGCUUACAGACACUGUUUAAUUUGGAGGACAGAGACACUGCCUUGGACGGUGUAAGUGGAUUAUUACACCAACAGCAGACGCUCAGGCAUGGCACCCAACGUGGAGAAGAUCAUCCAGAGCAUCAGCCUCGGAGACCAGGACGCUGUCCAGCUCUUACUGGACAACUACAAUACCCAGUACGCAGAGUGCUUCUUUUUCAAUACUGAGGCACAAGAGAGAAAAAAGCAACAACGACUGGAAGAGUUCAGAAAGAACAAAAUAAGGGACUGUGCUUCAAACUCUGAUUCGGACAUUGACUCAGAUGAUGAGAGGCCGAAUCUUCUUCUCAGAGAGGGUCUGGCUGCUGCCCUGCUGGGCUUUGUCGGUGGUCAGUUGCAGCCUGCAGUGCUAAGAGCUUGUCUGCAUACUCUGCGAAUCCUCUCCCGUGACCGUAGAGCUAUGGGACCAAUGAUCACUGAUAGCGCCCUACUCACCUUGACACACCUGGGAGGUAUCAAUCUUCGGCAGCCCAGCCAGCAGCAGGACAAAACAAAAAUUCAAGAUCAGUGUGACAGAACACAGACACAGAUCCAUGGAAAAGAAGCAAGUGGAUGUCAGGGAGCAGUAGAUUCCAAUCAGAGGUGUACAGUUUCUUUUUCAGAGUGUCACUCCUUUAACCGGCGAGGGAACGUAGGGCACCUUGUGCUUGCUCCUGGGAAAAAAGACGCCCGGGAAGACGACAGUGAGGAAAACUGGAAAGUGGAAGAUGGGGAGGUGUGCAGGAAGGAGGCCAUGAAAGUCUUGUGUAAUAUAAUCUACAACAGUCCCCAGGCCCGGGAAAGAGCCAGCGCACUGAGGCUUCUACAGGGAUUAUGGGAGAGUCUGAAGCAGGGAAUCUGGAGUGGGGCACCACCCACUGGCCAGUUUUACAAACUGAGGCUUCUCUUCUUACUAACAGCCCUGAGGCCUGAGCUCAAGCUACAGCUGCAGCAGGAGCGUGGGGUGUUGGUUCUGACCUCAGCUUUGGAGCAGCGCCUGGUCUUGAGAUGGACCGAUGGAAAUCAGCUGAUCCCUGACAGCACUUCCUCUCCUGUCUCCAAGGAGGUGUCCCAGGAUGUUAUUGAGAUUCUCAAGAUCAUCUUCAACGUUGCUCACAGGUUAUACAGGCAGGAGCCUGAUGAGGAGGAAGCUGCUUUAUAUCGCCGCCUGGCAGCUGUCCUACACCACUGUCUGCUGCUGUCUUGUGAUGGAGCAGACACAUUGGAGGAACUACAAGGACAUACAGUAAACAUCCUGUCAGCCCUGCCCCUGACCUGCCUGGAUGUCCUGCUGGCUGUCCCUGUAGGACAGGCGUCUUAUAAGUAUGAAGGUGUCAACAUGGACUGUGUACACGCAUUGGUGCUCUUCAUGGACAGACGACUGAACAGGGGUCAGAAGCUGAAAGAGAAGCUGACUCCUGUUCUAAGUUUAUUGACAGAGAGUUCUCGGGUUCACAGGGAGACACGUCACUACUUGAGGCAAAAGAUCUUACCUCCUCUGAAGGACGUUGCUGUUCGGCCUGAGCAGGACAGUACUCUAAGAGGCCAGCUAGUCCGCCUGAUGACACAUGUUGAUACAGAUGUUAAGGACUGUGCAGCAGAGCUGCUGUUUGUGCUCUGCAAAGAAAAUGUAAGCCGCUUUGUUAAAUACACUGGCUAUGGGAACGCUGCAGGGCUGCUGGCAGCUCGGGGUCUGUUGAACGGCAGGAGGAACUCUGGGGAUGGCCAGUUUGCUUCUCACUACUCCAGCGACUCCGACUCAGACACAGAGGAGUACCGCCAGGCCAGAUCAAAGAUUAACCUGGUGACAGGCAGGGUGGAGGCAGAGCAGCCCGACCCAAUGGAAGGCAUGACAGAAGAAGAGAAGGAGAAGGAGGCCUGUCGUCUCAUCUGCAUGAUCAACAGACUAUCACAAGACCAAAUCAUUCAGCCAAUGAGUGUGACAAGAGAUGGGAGACUGGCUCCUCUUUGGGGCCAUAUGAGGAGCUGCACAGAAGAAAAAGAAGAGGAGGAAGAGGAGCAUGAAGAGGAAGAACAGGGCUUGAGUUCAAUGCCUCAGGGAUUGAAAGACAAAACAAUGAAAUAGCAAAAAAAAAAUUCUGCUACACUCAGAAAUGAACAAGCAAGUAUGAGAGAACUAUUAUCAUUCCCUUAUUGGGGCCCUCUUACUCUACACUUUGGUCUCUCUAAUAUUUAUUUUUAUUACGUCACCAUUAAUGCGGCCCAAACCACUGCGUGCAACCCCACAAAAUAUACAUUAAAACGUGCUGCCCAUCUCGAGAAGGGAGUUAUUACUUCUGUUGCCGUUUCAAUUUCCAUGAUAAACAUGGCAACAAACUAUGGCUUUGAAUUACAAUGGAAAAGAAUGCACCCACAAAAUAAAAGCCUUCAUAUUUUAUGCAGCAGGUAAUUGCUACUUUGCUGCAACCACUGUUACAUAUGGGAUUGGUGUAGCUUUUUAAAA